UCCUACAUUCGACGUCAUUAAAUACGGAAGAGGAAAAACAAAAACAUUGACCUCUCUGAAAAUUUUUCAUUUGAUUUUGUUUGCAGACAUUAGAAGAUGACAAUCAUCAAAGUAUCGAAGGAUGGGAAGCUGUUGGCGAAGAAGAAAGUGGAUGAGACCACGGUUCCCCUCACACCAGAUGGCGGUGGUGGACCGGGUCUCAUUGCACUGACAGUGGACUACCAGCCUAGCCGGCGAACAAAAAAUGUGGUCAACAUUUUCCUGUUGAUUCUCGCUCUCCUGGUGCUUGCCUCUACUGUCAUUGGAGGGUUUUACCUGUACAAAUAUAUGGCUCACAAGCACCACAAACAGAGAGUGACGAUAGAAGUUCAGGACCGUCCUGUUUCCAUGGCGACCAUGGCUAAGCAGUCCCGCACAUCCCCUCCGAUGGUCAGCUACACCAUGUAUGAGGAAAUUGAUGUAGAACUGGAUACAGAGGUGGAAAGGAUCGAGGUGCCACAGUUUGAUGAGUGUCGGCGAUCUCUGGUCAUGCAUGACUUCUUCAAUAACUACACAGUGAUUGUGGACCAGGACGAUCAGGAGUGUUUCAUCAUGCCUCUCGAUCGGGAACAUAUGAAGCCACCCAGGUCCUUCUCUGAGCUCGUGCAAAGAUAUGCUUCUGGCUACUACAUGCCAAAAGUUGACGUUGUGCGACGUGACUACGAGGUGAUGCGACCAAUGUUGACUGACCUACAGUUUGCUGGCAAUGCUAUCUCAGCUGAGUGUCUCGGACUCGACACCUACAUGCUGCAGAAGAAGGACCCAAAUCCAGUUCUCGAGAUAAGGUUCACCUACAUGAAGACUUACGGUUUCUCCAACCUGGAACAACUCAUCAAAGAGGUCAUUCACAAGUAAACAUGGUGACUGCCUACCAUGGAAAUUGUGGAGGGAUAGAGACUUGAUGUUAUGUCUUGAUAAUGUUCCUUUGAAUGGGUGAAAUUUGCACAGCUUUUCACAAGGGCUUGUUUCUCAAGGAUAUGUUCAUAAUUAUUAUUAUUAUAGAGUAUGUGCAUACAGUAUAGUUUUCUCGGAUGUAUUAUUAUAUAGUGGUCACAUGAACAUACUGUCAGAUGAAUGAGCAUCUGUUGUGUUUGGGAAACUUUAAUACUUAUCUAUUUGUUAUGCACGUUUUGUCUUUUGCAGCGUGUUAGAAAAUUUAUUUUACAGCAGACCAUUAUAAUUGGAGAAAUAAUCAAACUUAUAAGCAUCAAAUGAAGUCAAACUAGCUUUCGUCAUGGAUCAUUUUGCACAUAUUUCUUUUGAAAUCUAACAUGUUGUAUUUGAUAUUAAGAAACUAUGAAAAUAAUGUGUCACAGUAAUUCAUGGUGCAAGUGUUCUCAUGAACAUAUACCAGUAUUUUGUCUCAUUCAAGUUCAACAGUGUUUUGCCUUAGUUAAGCGCAACAGAAAUGCUGCAUCUCUUUUAAAUUCCUCAGUGUAUGUUAUUUUGAAAUCCAAAAUCCAUUGAAAUGUAUUUUACAGUCAAAAUAGUCUUGUUUUGGCAAACAGUCCCAACUUAUAUGAAACAUUUGUUAACAUUUACAGUUUAAACUUGAAAGCUUUAUUAUUGUACACAUGUCACUGACUGUUACAUAAACCUAUGAUCUCUCAGUGUUAUUUCAUGUUAAGGGCUGCCUCUAAAACUGUAGUAACUGUUUUAUUCUAUUAAAGAAGUUAGUGCAAUCUUGUUAGCAACCCUCCCUCAAAGAAUGUGUUUAGUGUUGAAAAUGUUAAUAGUCAAAAGGACGGGUAUAUGUGUGUACAUGCAGAAUUAGGAAACAAGCAACAAUACAACAGCAAACCUGUGGGUUCAAUAGUUUGUGUUUGGUCCUGAAAUCAGCUUUGAGGGCUUUUAAUUUGAGACUUUUGAUCAGUUGUAGUUUGUUUUUUGAUUGGACAUUUGUAUCAAUAGCAAUUGGAAGUGCCAUGAAAUAAAUAUUAAUGACUUUAGAAGCAAUUUGAAAAGGGGUUUGUGGUUUGUAAUGUUGUUGCAUUCAAUGGUGUCCUAUAUAUGAAAUGACAUUUAAGAUGGAACUGGAUACUGGUAGAAGUCUGUUCACUUUUUCUCAUUAGUUGUGCCAAUUUGAUUUGAAAAAUGAAUAAGUUUUAUAAUCCUGAAAUCUUCCCCAUUAUAGAUAAAUAUAUCCCUAUAUUGUAACAACAUGGACAACUAUUCAUCUGUCACUUCAAAAUUCAUUUGUAUUGUUUUUUCAAACUAUGAUGUGUAUGCCUUCUGUUCUCCUAUUAUUUGAAAAGUGUAUAUAUAUUCAAUAUGUUGCUUCUUGUAUGUUUCUGUAUUUUAUGAGUCAUUUAAAUGAAGAUUUUUACUGUCUGAUUAAAAAGAAACAUAAAUCAAAGUGUCAAGAGUAAAUCAUUUACUGUUUUAAGUUUGAAAAAUAUAACAGAAGGCAUAGCAAAUGAAAGUGGUUCAUACCAAAGAUUUUGCAGUUUGUUUAAAUAUUGCUUGGAGCAAACCAACAUAGAUUCAAAUAAGUUAUUUUCCUUGCAUAUUUGGUAUUCAAAAGGCUUUUGAUAAUGUUGUUUUAAAAGUAUGUGAUAUUGCCAAUUUUUGACUGUUUUUUUUUCUAAUUAAUACCUAUUUCAACCUAUUUGAUUUUCUUGUUAAAUGUUACUAAUCCCUUUCUGUUAAAAUAAAAUGUUAUUUUUUUAUUCCCUAAAAGGUGUAGAUCACCUGAUCAGUUUAGUAUUGGUUUUCGUUAUUAGAUAGUUUGCCAGUUCUCUAUUAACAUUGAAAAGAUAUGAAAAGAUAUAAUUUUACACUUUUGUAAAUAUUUUUUGUGUUAAAAAUAAUGAAAUAUCUAUCAUUUGUAAAAGUUGAACAACAGAACAAGUAUUCGACAUGUUUCCGACUCAUCAUGUAUGAUUUUUCUUCUGUAUUUUGUCUCUGUAAAUAAACACUUCCAUAUACUAAA